AUUUAGAAGAUCAAUUUUUAUUAAAUAGAGAAAUUAAUACUGAAACUAUUCGCAAUAAUGUUCCUAAAUCUAAUGACUGGGUUCAAAAUUGUCUAUUUAAUUAUAAUGAGUCUGAAUUUAGAAAAACACUUAGAAUGGAUAAAAAAAACUUUUUGGACUCUAAAGUUAAUACUGGAUUUGAACAAAUUCAAGGAUUUCCAAUGGUUAUUGGAGCUAUUGAUGGAUCUCAUAUUCUAUUAUAUGAAGCACCAAGUAAGGAUAAUAAGGAUGUAUAUAUGUCUCGUAAACAAAAAUAUGGUAUUCAUUUACAAGGAGUUGUAGAUCAUCAAG